UUAAUUUAACUAUAAUAAUAUUUAUUAAAAAAUAGUGGAAUCAACAAUGCAUAUUGCAAUAAUUGGUGCUGGAAUUGCGGGUUUAUUAUCCUUACAUCAUGCUAUUAAAAAUAAUUUAGGUGAAUAUACGGUAUUUGAACAGGGUAAAGAAAUUGGUGGAUUAUGGGUGUAUACGGAUAAAGUGGGUACUGAUGAAUUUGGAUUACCCGUACAUUCAAGUUUAUAUGAAGGAUUAAGAUCGAAUGUACCUAUACAAAUGAUGAGUAUUCCAGAUUAUCCAAACAAUAUAACAUCAUACAAUUUUACAUCGUAUGUUAACCAUGAAGACGUGUUAAAAUAUCUUCAUGCGUUCGCUGAUCAUUUUGACUUAAAGAAACAUAUAAAAUUUUACAAUCAUGUGAAGAAAGUGAAACCUAUUGCAAACAAUAGAUGGGAAAUAAUUUCUCUGGAUCUUCAAACGAAGGAGGAAAAAGUAUAUGAAUUCGAUGCAGUUAUAAUUGCAAAUGGUCGUCGUAGCGUACCAAAAUAUCCCCAUUUGAAAGGGAUAGAAACUUUUGAAGGAAAACAACUACACAGUCAUGAUUAUCGAAAUCCAAAACCAUUUGAAAAUGAUCAAGUUUUGGUGAUAGGCGCCGGAGCGUCUGGAUUGGAUAUCACAUAUCAUCUAAGUGAAGCUGCUGAUAAGGUAUUUUUGAGUAAUCAUUUAAAAUACGAUAUAAGUGAAUUUUAUCCAAACAAUGUCAUCUCAAAACCUGAUGUAGCUUAUGUGGAUAAUUCAAGUGUACAUUUUAAAGAUGAAAGUACAGAAGAUGUGAAUUCCAUAUUAUAUUGUACCGGUUUCAAAAUGUCAUUUCCAUUUUUAACUCCAGAAUCAGGUUUAACAUUUGAAAAUGAUUAUAUUAAUCCACUAUACAAGCAUAUUAUAAAUAUUGAAUAUCCAACUAUGGGAUUUAUGGGUAUUCCAUAUGUUACAUCAAUAUUCCCUACGCUAGACUUGCAGGCUCGUUUUUAUACCGAAUAUUUAAAAAACCCUUCAAAAUUCCCAACAAAACGUCGAAUGUAUAUGGACAAGGAAAGAGAAGAAGAAAUGCGAAUGAAACUUGGUCAAACAGUCAAACAAUUUCAUCAAUUAGGUGAUUUACAAGGGGCAUAUUUCAAUAACUUAUCAAAAAUUGCACAAAUCAAACCCGUACCACCAGUAAUAUUGAAAUUGUAUGAAGAUCGGGAAAAUAGAUCUAAAACAGAUUUGAAACGUUAUAAGGGUGAUUUGUAUACCAUUAUUGAUGAUAAGAGUUUCUAUGUUGUUCGAAGUACUAUUGAUUUUUAUUGAUUAUA